GCUAACUCUUUUUUUGUUCCUCACUUUUUCUCCAUUCACAACCCUUCUCCCCACUCUUCUUUUUUUUUUUUUCUUUUUUUAUAUUAUAUUAUAAUGUCUCUUCGUCUUGCAACCCCUACUCUUCGUUCCACUGCUCGUCUUCUGACUCGUCAACAACCUAUGGGUUUGGUCAAGAUCCAUUCUUCUGUUCCUUCUCAAGUCAAUGCUGUUACUACUCCUCCUACCGAUCGUCUUCAUGGAUCUUACCAUUGGGAUAUUGAACGUGGUGUAAGUUUAGCUUUGGUCCCUAUUAUUGGUGCUCAACUUACUAUGGGUGCUUCUCCUGUCACUGAUACCCUUCUUGGUGUUGUCUUGCCUCUUCAUUUACAUAUUGGGUUCGAUGCUUGUAUUACUGAUUACUUCAAUUCUCGCAAGGCUCCUAUUCUUGGUAAAGUGAUGACCGCUACUUUGUACGCUUCCACUGCCGCCACUCUUGUUGGUUGCUACCAAUUCAACACAAACGACAUUGGUAUUACUGAAUUCCUUGCUCGUGUAUGGACUGCUUAGAUAUAUCUCUUUUAUUAUUAUUAUUCUUGAACGUUGGGUCGAGUUGGAUGGUCGUUGAAAUAAAAAAUCUUUUUUUUUUUUACUCGAUUGUCUUUAUCAUUGUUAAAUAAAAUCUGUUUUUUUCCUUGUUA